AUUAUACUCCCUUUCGUUCGACUAUACACUGCUAAGAGAAUGAGGUUUUCGUAACAAAUUGUUAUAAAUUCUUACAAUGUAAUCAAUCGUAUCAUUCAGUUGUAAUGAAAGUAAUAAUCAUAAUCACAUACACCACCCAGAUGUAUGUACUUUAUGAUUAGUUUAAGAAAUUCACCUCACCUUAAUAAACUAUACAUACUUCCGUUACAAUUAUGAGAUUUCCAAGUUAGUUAGUUGGCGGCAGACGUCAAAACCAUUGAAAUUGUUAUUACUUUUUUUUAAAGAAGAAAAAGAGAAAGAAAGAAGGAGAGUAGCAAUUUGUUGCACAAUGAAUGAUUACACAUAUAUGUUACCUGUUACCCAAACAUUUGAUACUACUACUACUACUACUAUUAUAACAACUAAUAGUAAUAAUAAUGUUAAUGUCAAUACUAAUACCAAUUAUUUGACUACAACGACAGUCACAAUUAAUAUACCAACAGAAAGUAUUACUUGUAAUGAUGUAACAAAUCCUCAAAAGAACUUUUAUGCAACAGAAGGAGAACACUUUGAAUCAUUACAAAUUUCAUUGUUCAAUACGCCUAGGUCGAAUGCUUCAAUUGUCAAUAAUGAUGAAUGUUAUCAACCAAGUGAAAAUGUAUUGAAGACUAAUGAUCCUAGCAGUGGAUUAUAUAAUUCUAAUUUUAUACAUUCUUCACAAUUAUGGCCAUCCCAUCAGUCAAACUGUGAUGAAAUAAACAAGUCAGAAGGCAUUUAUCCUACCACUGUAUGGAAUGCGGACAAAAUGUUGACAAGAACACAAUAUAACUCAAUAGAAAUGAAUCAUUUCAAUAAAGGUGAUGUUGACUUUCUUACAGAAUCCAGUUAUCAAGAUGGCAAUACUACUACUAAUAAUAAUAAUAAUCUUAGUAAUACUGGUCUUCUCCUGCCAACCAAUGAUUCCUAUGAUUAUUAUCAACAUACAACUUCUUCAGCAUACGAAAGCCAUCUUUGUGCUUAUAAUCUUCUGGGUAAAUUUGUCGGUAAAACUGAUCAUCAUCAUCAUCAUCAUCGACAGCAAGAAGAUUCAGUGGUCUUGCAGUCAAACAUAACAGAACAACAAACCCAGAAUUCUUCUACACAUUUAUCUUAUAAUAUAUGUGAUAAUCAAUCACUAAAGGAUCAUUCUACACGUCCAACCAGACUGAUACAUUCAAACGAAAAUGCUCGCUUACAACAACACCAAGCAUUAUCCAAUGCUCUGAAUAAUCCAGUUUGCCAGAUUCCUAAUCCAAUCGAGAAUACGACACCAGUGAAAUAUCCAAGAAUGAAUGAUUCUCACAAUAAGUUUGUUUAUCCCUUGAAAACAGGAAUGAGUAGAAGACAUCGAUAUCCAAAUCACAAAACACUAGGAAAAUGUUCACAUUUAUUUCACACUCAACAAACAUAUGAACCUGAAUAUCAUCGUCAAGCGCCUAAAACAAACAGAUUUAUGCAUAAGUUUACACAUCAUACUACUGACAACAAUACUGUUGGCAGUAGUAAGAGUCACAGUUUAAAAUCACAAGAUCGACAAUUUCCUGUUGACAAUAGUGUUUGUCAAAUAACAAAUUCAUAUGUUAAUGACAAUUCAUUUAAACAUUUAACUUCUAUUGAACAUGCAACAAACCCAUUGAGUGAUGAAUUUUAUUCAAAACUGAAGCCAAAAAACCCAGUCAUAUCAUCUAGUAGCACUAAUAGUAAUAUACUGUCACGUUCACCGUACAAAUGUCGUAAAUGUAAAGGACACGGUAUGUCGGAACCAGUUAGACAGCAUAAACGUAACUGUCCAUUCCGUGAUUGUUCAUGCGAUAUGUGUUAUCUUGUUGAAAAAGGUCGACGGAUAGUUGCUCAACAGAUUGCAUUAUUUCGUGAUCAAAAAAAUCAUAAUUCACAAAAAUUUUCACAUACAAAAUAUCGUUCAUCAAUCAAAGAGAUUACAAUCAUCAAAGGAUCAUUGGAUAAAAUCACUGAAGAGAUUGGACCACAUUGUCGCCGAUGUCGUAAUCAUGGUCAAAGUAUUUCAUGGAAAGGUCAUAAAAAGACUUGUCCUUAUCGAGAGUGUUACUGUAGUCAGUGUAUCUUAAUCUCAUUACGUAAAUCGAAUGAGAAGGAUUUAAGAGAAGUAACGCAAGAGUUCACAGAGAACCGGCCAGAAAAAGGUGAAAAGAAAUUGUCGUCUAAAAGCAUGACAACUUCUAGUGAGUCAAGCACUCAUUGUUUCAAUGUAAAAGACCAGACAGUCAAGAGUUUUGGUUCAGGAGAGAAUGGCCAGAAUGUAACAACUCAUUCAUAUGGACAGAUAACAUCUUUUCCAGACUCAUUUUGCCUACCUUCGUGUACUAAGAAUAGCGCCAACUCAUGGAUUCAUCAGUUAGUCACUUCUGCAGUCAACACAUCAGUGGGAUCAUCUUGUGGAACACAUACCAACCACUGCGACAAUUUACCCUGUUUUACUGAUAGUAAACAAAUGUUUCCACAUGAAAUAUCGCCGUAUCUGAAAGUUAAUAACCCCAGUCUACAUUCGGUUCUUCAGGGGACAUUUACAAAACCACUCCGCAUUCCUGGAAAUCCAAUGAAUUUAGUCAAAGAGUACAGCGGGGUGACUAUAGAUUCUGCUGGCUUUAGAAAUCAUGAAUUCAGUCCAGAAAAGGUAGAAAAUGCAAAUUCCAUGCUUAUAAAUAAUUGCAGUAACUUAUCUGAAAUCUGUUCUACGACAAUAUUGUCAUCGACAACUGGGUCAAAUAAGUUGACUGAAUCAGAUUCUAGUGUAUGCAAGCCUUCUAACUUUUAUCCAACACAAGAGUAUUUCGGUUCAGGUAUGACUGUUGAAACAUCCAUAAAGAACACAUAUGAAUCUACUGCCGAUCACGAAUUGCCACUAAAGUCUAGCAACACAAGUAACAUUACGGCUAGCAAUCUAACUGAUAGUUCAGAUCAAUUUUUAAAAGACAGGAUGGUUUAUAAACCGUUUAUGAAUAAAGAUAAGUCAGAAGGAUCUGUAUUACAUAGUUUACCUACUGAAAAUCAUAUGAGAGAAUUCUUUUUAAACAACCAUUCAUUUGAACUGGGCAAACCAGGUCCAUGUAAUGUUUUACAAAAUUUUAUCGAGAAUGUAAAGCCAAGUAAUGAUUAUUGCAUUUAUGCUAACCAAAAUGUUAGAAUUAAUAAUUCAUAUCCCUCUCAGAUUGGGGAAGAACAUUUACAUAGACAUCAAGAUAUCGAUUCCUACUCUCUGGUUUCUUCAGGAAUUACAAGUACCCAGCUAGAUUACGUUCAGCCGCUAGAAAUCACACAACCAACUCUUCCACUCGAUUAUUUUACACCUUCAGUUAACACCAAUGAAAAUAAACUUGUCGAAGCAACAGCUGCUGCACAUCAUGCAGCUGCCAUGGCUGCAGCUGCUGCUGCUGCAGCUGUUGCACUCCAUCAACAGAAACAUCAACACGAUUGCUGUCAACAGACAGAAUAUCACCAAAAAAGAUCUGAACAGUUAGAAUCUAGAACACAGUCAAAAACUCCACCGGUUACCGCUUCAGUUGUUCCCACAGAAGCACAGAUUAACACUUUACACAAGUCAAUAAAUGUACCUCUUAAUUUUUCAAAUAUGUAUCAUAUUGUAAAUAAUAAUGAAAACAGAGUUGGAUAUCCAUGUGAUGGUGUAUUCGCUACACCAUCUUUGUUCGAAUCCACCAAGUCAGAUCAUACACAAAUGAUGAUGGAAUCAAAUGAACAAGCAAUUAAUCCAUUAAUAAGGUGUCCACAGUCAAUAAGUCUACAAGACGGUAUCCGUAGAAAUGAUUUUAGUAAGUUCCCAAAUGAUCCUUUUCACAAAAAUUAUACUCCCACUUCUAAUCUUUCAAUCACUUGUUUACCUAAUUCAGAGGAACACCGACAAAGACAACAACAACAGGCGUCGAGAGAGACAUUUAAUGUAAGUGAGCAUAAUGUUGUAAUGGAAAAUAUCGGCUUAAAACAUCCUGCAACAAAACUUAAGACUGCAGACACUGGCUAUUAUCAUCAUCAUCAUCAUCAAAAUAAUCAUCAGUGUCCUCAUGAUGGAAAAGAAGUUGAACACAAUUCUAGUGUACAAAUUAAUCAAGAAAUUAAUAAAUUACAAAUCAUACACUUGACAAAUGCAAUCAUUUUACCACCACAACCACCUAUACCACAAAUACAACAAGAAUUUGAUGAUAAGCAUAAAACAUGGUCAACAUUUUAUCCACCUUUCAAAACAGAAAAAGUGAAUGAAUAUUGUUAUACUACUGAUGAUAAUAAUAGAAAAGUAGAUUUAUUAAAGUAUACAGAAGAUGAUGUAACAUCUACAAGUUGUACAGUUGGUUCAAUUUCAAAUAUUGAAACAUUGAACUCACUCCCAACUGAGUGUAAUAAUCUUUUCAAAAAUUUGGAAGUGUCAAAUACUUUAUUACAACAAAUAGGAUUAAGGGGACAAAAGACAAUACAAACAUGGAAUGAUGCUGCCUGAAAGGAAUUACAUGAAGAAUAUCAUUACCAACGGGAUGAUCCUGUUUAUAACAAACAAAUUUAUCACAUUUCUCUAAGUUGUCAACUUCAGUCUUCAUCCCUACAACAAUUUGUCACAAUUUAGUUUAAAUUAAAUCUACCUGCCUAACAUUAUUUUAAAAGUAGUAAACAGAGUAUUUUUAUGAUUUCCUUUUGUUCCUUUCAGAUAAUGGAAUGAAAAAAUUUGAAGUUAAAAAUGCGAAUUAAAUUAUGUAGUCU